GUUCAAUUGAACAAAAUUUCAAUUUUAAUAAUGAUGAAAAAUACCUCAAUGAUAAUCAUGAUGAUGAUGUUGAUCUUAUUCUUGAUCCAGAAGAAUUGGAACAAGAUUUUAAAAAAUCCAAUCUUUCACAUCAUGAAUCUAUAGAAUCAAUGCAUUCGAAAUCAACGACUAUUUCAACAUCAUUUGAUGGUGUUAUUGAUGAACGUAUAUUAUUAUUAGAUAAUGAUGAUAAAACAUCUGUUAGUCUUGCCAUUGCUACUAUUGAUACAGCAAUUGAACAAUAUCAACAGGAACAAGAAGAAGAAUUACAGCAGCAGCAACAACCACAACAACAACAACAACAACAAAUAGCAUCAUCAUCGGCACCACUUUCGGAAUCAUCGGAAUGUUCAUCAUCGAUAACAACAGCAACAACAACAACAACGACAACAUCAUUAUCUAAAUCGGUAUUAACACAGAUACGUAAUCAUCUAGCGCAAAGUUUAUUACGAGUUAAAGAGCUUGAAAAUCAAGUUGCACAAAUAUCAAUAAUGAAAAAACGAUUGGUCGAAUUAGAAUCUGAACGAUUGAUUUUGAUGGAAAAAUUAACAACCAAACAAAAUAAUGACGAAGAGAAAGAAGAAAAAAUGGUCAAAAAUUCUAAAGAUUCGGCAAAAUUACCCGAGGCGGAAGCAAUCGAUCAAACAAAGAUAAAUGACGAUGAUGAUGAUUAUGAUAAUGAUGAUGAUGUUGCGAAAGAAAUGAAUAAAAAAUUAUCAUUGAUUAAAUUCGAAACAUUCAAUGUUGAACCAAUAAAAUAUCGUCAUAUUGGAACAUUAACCAAUUUUGCUCCCUGUGUUUUAUAUCGUAAUGCAUUCGUACAGACUGAUCUCAAAUAUAGAGAUAUUCGACCAUUGGUUAAAACAACAGAAUCAUCAACAACCAUGAACACCGAACAUCAUUUGAUAAUGCCGAUUAAAAUGGAAGAAAAAAAUUCUCAAACUGAUGAUAAUCUGAUUAGUAAUAGUAUGAUUGGCGAUCAUAUAAGUAGUAGUAAAAAGAUUUAUGAUCAUAAUAAUAUGGCUACCAAUAUCGAUUCGGUUGCUGAUGUUCAACAUGAUAAGAUCUCUAGAUCAACUGAUAAUGAUAAUGAUACGACGUCUUCGGCGGAUGAUGAAUCUUCAUCAGUCGAAGUGGUACGUGAUUGCCAUAACCAACGAACAUCUAGCCCAUUGAAACUUUUUACAGACGUUACCAGCCUUGAUGAUGGUAAUCAUUUUAGCCAACAUCUGAAUGUAACGAAUUCCAAUAAUAAUAAGACUGAAGAUAUGCCCGAGUGUUUACGUAGUCAUUUUAUUGUUCGAAGACGUCGUCGUUUAUGCGACAAUUGUGUUUUAAAUGAAACUAAUAAAGGUGGUGGUAAUGUUGAUUAUAGUCUAGUCGGUUCAAUUUCUUCAUCAUCAUCGUCAUCAUCAGCAUCACCACCAUUAUCAUCACCAACAUCGGUGACAGCAGUUUCAACUACAACAACUAUAUCGACAAUUCCAUCAGCACGUAAAACGAUAUGCAAUACAAAUCGAAUGUUAAAGUCAGAUUCAGGCAUAUCAGUUGAUCCUAAAAUGACCGGAAGGUCUAAUGUUGUUCCAUUGCUAUCACCAUCAUCAAUCAUUGAUGAUAAUUUGAUGAUUGAAAAUGAUAAAAGAUUAUCCACUGAAAAUGACGAUAUGAUGAUAGGAAUGAUCUCAUCAUCAACUGAAUUCGAGAGCAUACCAUUAUCAGAUGAAAGUGAAUCAGCUUUUUCAACAUUAUCAAAUACAACUGGUAAAGAUUAUAAAAAUCAACAUCAACAACAACAACAACAACGACAAAAACAACAGCAAAUAUUAUCAAAUAUCUCGCCAAAAAAAUCAUUUGUACCAACAGCCGAAUUAAAAGCGACGUUAAAAAUAAUAAAUGAAAAUCUAUUUUCACAACCUAAAUGUUCACUUAUAUUUGCAAAAAGUAUGGCUGUGGUAGGAAAGAAUUGGUUUCGCACAUCAUCAUCAGUGGAUUCAGAUUAUCAUGCUGUCGAAUCUUAUCUUGAUUUUGUGGAAAAAUAUUAUACAACCAAAUUACUUGAAUGGUUAGUCAAUCUGGCCGAUCCAAAUGGCAAUACAGCUUUACAUUAUGCUAUCUCAUACAAUAACUUUGAUAUCGUUUCAAUUCUAUUGGAUUCAAAAGUCUGUGAUGUAAAUCAAUUUAAUAAGAAUGGAUAUACGGCAACUAUGCUUGUUUCAUUGGCUAAAGUGGAGAAUGAAUUACAAAGAGAUAUUGUCGAACGUCUGUUUACAAUGGCCGAUAUUAAUCGUAAAGCCAAACAAAAUGGUCAAACAGCUUUAAUGUUGGCUGCUAGUCAUGGACGUGUUGAAAUUACUAAAAUUCUGCUUGAAUGUGGUGCCGAAAUCAAUCUACAGGAUAAUGAUGGUUCAACGGCAUUGAUGUGUGCCGCUGAACAUGGUCAUAAUGAAGUUAUUUCAUUAUUAUUAUCACAUUCUGAUUGUGAUCCAUUGAUUGAAGAUAAUGAAGGUUCGACAGCGCUGAAAAUUGCCUUGAUCAAUGGUCAUAGAGAUAUUGGUGUUAUGUUGUAUGCAGGAUCCAGUUCUCAUCAUAAACGUAAUAAUGGAACAUUCACCUAUCAUAAUUCCUCAUUGAUUAGUCAUUAUCCAGUUUCAUCACCAAACUCACCAUUAUCAUCAUCUUCGAGUUCAAAUUUUCCAUAUCGUCGACAAUCUUCGUUUCAAAAUUGAAUUUUGUUUUUUCCUCAACUCAUAGAUUAUUUAUCAGACAAUUGUUGUACUGAAAAAAACAUGAAAUAUUUCUAUUUUAAAAAAAAUUGUUUUUAAUCAAAUUUAAGUACAUUGAAUCAUGAAAUGAUUUUUUAAAUUUUAAAUAAUACGCCCAUCACUAAAGAGGAGAAAAAUAUUAAUAAAAAAAAUAGCGUAUAUAUCAACAGCAAUGGGGUCGAUGUUGUGAAAAUAGUGGAAAUUAUUACAUUCAUAAACAGAUGUUCGUAUUCGUAUUGCAGUCAAAUCAAUUGUGUGCGUCCUUUUUUUUGUUGAUGGAUAUCAAAUAUCAACAUAAAAUUUGAUUCAAUUUACAUCAUAAUCUUUUUGUGUUGU